GUUGCGUAGUAAAAAGUUGACAACUGAUUUCGUUGCAAGGUCAUGGGCAUCAUUAGUUAUUGUUUCCAUCUACCUUUCGUUCACUUAUAUCAUAUAUGAGGUUAGGUUUCAUUAUUGAUAGUUGUUGAGUUUAGCAACCUCAUAGCUUAUCGUUUGCUAUAUACGAGGUACAAAAUUUUGACAAUGGAUGACGGUGCCAUUUAAUUAUGUCUAAUCGCUGCGCCUAAGCGAAAUGCUGUCACUGUUAAAAAAUACCAUUGUAUUGCCUUAACGGAGCUCAUUAAUAUUGUAGCUACAUUCUCAAGCGUUCAUCAUGUCAACACCAAAAUUUCCUUUGAAGGAAAAUGUAGUAUCAUCCAUGCACCAUGAAUUUAUCGUGCCAAAAAAGUGUGUUAAGACACCAGACGAUCUAGCGCUUUGGCAAAGAUCAGAAGCUUACUAUGAAUAUCUAGGAUUUAUUUUGACAUUAAACAGUGCUGUUCAAGGGACUGCUUUGGACGCACAAUGUCCACAGUCACCCGUAAUAAACAAUAUUGUACACAUGUUGAAUAGAUUUGAUGAAUGGAUAACAGAAAUUCCACCUACCGAACAACCACAGCGAUUUGGCAACAAGUCGUUUCGCACGUGGCAUGAGAGAUUACAGCAGAAUGGUACAGAGGAAUUGAAGCAAGUUUUACCAGAAGAUCUAUAUCGUGCGAUCCCAGAGAUAGUGCAGUAUUUAUAUGAAAGUUUUGGGAAUCCAACUCGUAUCGACUAUGGAACAGGUCACGAAAUGGCUUUCCUUAUGUUCCUCUGCUGUAUGUUCAAGAUAGGUGCAUUUGAAGAAAAUGAUAAGAUUGCUGUUGUAAUAAAAGUGUUUAAUAGGUAUCUGGAAUUGGUGCGUAGACUUCAGCUGACAUACCGUAUGGAGCCAGCAGGUAGUCACGGUGUUUGGAGCUUGGAUGAUUAUCAAUUUGUCCCCUUCAUAUGGGGAAGUGCUCAGCUCAUUGGACAUUCUCGGAUAGAACCACGUCAUUUUGUAGAUCAAGCUAUUGUGGAAUCUUACAGCAAAAAAUACAUGUUUCUUGGCUGCAUUGAAUUUAUCUCAAAGGUGAAAAUAGGACCUUUUGCCGAGCACUCAAAUCAGUUAUGGAAUGUUAGUGCAGUGUCCUCAUGGUCGAAAGUGAACAGUGGUCUUAUAAAAAUGUAUCAAGCUGAGGUAUUGGCGAAGUUUCCUGUUAUCCAACACGUUUUCUUUGGUUCUCUGCUACCAUUGACACCAAUGGUCCCGAAAUGCUCUAAACCAACCGUUACUCCAAAUUACAAAAGAACUGUUAAUGAUAAUGAGCCACCGCCACCAGCGGUGCCACAAUGAAAAUUGCAUUCGUAAUAAAUAUUGUUACUCUUGAACUACUUUA